AUGGCCGCGCAGCAUGAGUCCCAGUUAUCGUCCUCGAAAGCCACACCGUUGGCACAGAUCCACCCCGAAACCGGGUAUAUCAGCAACAUUGACGAUAUCAGACAGUCUGAGUAUCCUUCUCUCACGGGGACCACAUACCUGGACCAUGCGGGAGCGACACUGUACGCGCGAUCGCUGGUGGAAGGAUACUCCAAGGCGUUGAUGGAUAAUCUCUACGGGAAUCCUCAUUCCGCAUCGGCCUCAUCGCAGCUGUCGACCCGACGUAUCGACGACGUCCGUUUUCAGACCUUGCGGUUUUUCAAUGCCGACCCGGAUAAAUUUGACAUUGUCUUUGUCGCGAACGCCACUGCUGCCAUCAAGCUCGUGGCUGAUGUGUUUCGGGACCAGGCUGGCGGCUUUCAUUACGCUUAUCACACUGAGGCACACACGAGUCUUGUGGGCGUUCGAGAGCUUGCUUUGCCUGGUGCCUUUUGCUUUGCGAGCGAUAGCGAGGUCGACAGUUGGCUCAAUGGCCCGGAAGCUGGUGGGCCAUCAUGUCCCAACAGUCGUACGCCAUCGCUUUUUGCAUAUCCUGCCCAGUCAAACAUGACUGGCCGCCGGUUACCGAUGAAAUGGUGCCAGAUGGUCCAAGAUAUCAACGCCCGCUCUGGCACGGCCUUUUAUACUCUCUUGGACGCAGCAGCUCUUGUAUCAACGGCUCCGCUGGACCUUUCCCAUAGUGACAUCGCCCCAGACUUCAUCGCCCUGAGUUUCUACAAGAUCUUUGGCCUCCCGGACCUCGGAGCGUUGAUUGUGCGCAAAGAUUCGGGAGGUAUACUCCGUGGCCGGAGGUACUUUGGGGGCGGCACUGUGGACUCAGUGACCGUACAGGAUGCUAGUUGGUAUGCCAGGAAGGAGUCAUCCCUGCAUAGCUGCCUGGAAGAUGGAACCAUCCCUUUCCACAACAUCAUUGCCCUUCAAAUAGCCUUGCAGACCCAUGCCAAGAUCUAUGGCUCGAUGAGCGUCAUCUCGAGGCAUGCAAAUUUUCUGGCUUCAACCCUGAGGGAACGGCUGGCUGCUCUGAAGCAUGGCAACGGCACGAAGGCCUGUGUGAUGUACACAGAUGCAUCUCUUUCGGGGUCCACUCAGGGGCCCGUGAUUGCGGUCAACCUCAAAGACGAGAGAGGUGGAUUCGUCAGCAACAGUGAAAUUGAAAAACUUGGUGUCGUGAAAAACAUCCAAUUCAGAACUGGUGGCCUUUGCAACCCAGGUGGUAUCGCAUCCCACCUGGGACUGUCUGCGGGAGAAAUGCGACGCAACUAUGCUGCCGGUCAAAGAUGUGGCAGCGAAAACGAUAUCGUCAACGGAAAGCCAACUGGUGCUGUCCGUUUGAGCUUUGGAGCGAUGAGCAGUAUGGAAGAUGUCGCUACUUUCUUGCAUUUCGUCGAAGAGUUUUACGUCAGUCCGGUGCAGGCUGAGAAAGAUUUGAUCUCGUACCAAGUCAACUUGGUGCACCCGUCUCCCACAUCAUAUAUUGUCGAAAGUCUGUCAGUGUUUCCUAUCAAAAGCUGUGGGGCAUACAAUAUUCCUGCCGAUGUUUCCUGGGAGGUGGGGCCGAAGGGUCUCGCCUGGGACCGGGAGUGGUGUCUCGUCCAUGCUGGCACGAAUGCUGCGUUGAGUCAGAAGAAAUUUCCUCGCAUGGCAUUGCUACGACCAGAGAUUGAUCUGGUGAAAAGAAUGUUGAAAGUUUUCUCCAACAGCGAAACUAAUGGGCCUGUUAGCUUCGAUAUCAGUCUAGACUUCGAGCACACCUCGAUAGGUCACGUUGACCCGUGCGAGAGGACCACGAACAAGUCGUCCGUUGUAUGUGGUGAGUCGGUGGACAUAGAGGUUUACACCUCCAAGGCUAUCAUGACAUUCUUCACAGAUAUACUCGGUGUUCCGUGCACUUUGGCACGGUUUCCAAAACAUGGCACUGUUCGUCAAGCUCAAGUGAGAAUUCCAGGAAGGGUUCAAGGGAAGGCGGCCAAAGAGACCGGCAGAUCGAUCACAUUGGCAAAUGAAAGCCCAAUUCUUCUGGUUUCGCGAUCAAGCGUCAAUCGGUUAAACGAGCAGAUCAAGCACAACGGCGGUGUGGGAAAAACCGUUGCGGCUGCUUCGUUCCGAGCGAACAUUGUCGUUGCUGAAGAGCUAGAACCGGGUCAGAAGGAAACACCAUAUGCAGAGGAUGAUUGGGAGAGCAUCAGUAUCAAAGAUGGGCCCAAAAAUCACUUUGACGUUCUGGGCCCGUGCCAGAGAUGUCAGAUGGUUUGCGUCGACCAGAAGAAUGCUGAGCGGAGGCCAGAACCCUUUAGCACUCUGGCGAAGACGAGGAGAAAGCACGGGAGGGUUUGGUUUGGAAUGCAUAUGUCUUUGACUUCAAGCAUGUGUGGAGAACUCGAGGCACCGGUUUUUGUUCGAGUUGGUGAUCGAGUCAUACCACGAAUUGGCGAAUCUUGA